AUGAAGACGACUACUUUGGCGACCCUGGCCGGUCUCCUCGCUACGGUGGCGGCGUAUCCUGUCUCGGAUCGUCUCUGGGCUCGGGCUUGCACCCCGGGCGCCCUGAUGUGCAAUGGCACCACCCAGUUUGCCCUCUGCGUCGCGGCAGACAGCACGCCUGACUGGAUGAAGGUUUCGGAAGGAACUCAGUGUAUCUGCUCUGGCUCCGAGUGUUCCAUCAAGGCCAUGGAUGGAGCUUCUGGAAGUGCCGGUGCCUCUGGUGCCUCACCGACAGCUUCAGCUUCCGUCCCCGAGAACUCCUCAGCACCGGCACCCGCGACAUCUGAAGCCGUCUUAACCAGUGCCCCCCCUGCUCCCGAUUCUCCCAUCCCCAGCUCGCCCGUGGCAGCCCCGGCACCGACUUCGAUGCCAUCGUCGGCUACCGCCCCGGUGCCAUCAGGUCCAGCUCCCGUACCGUCGUCAGGUCCAGCUCCUAUUCCAUCGUCGGCUCUAGCUCCUGUUCCAUCGUCGGCUCCGGCUCCCGCGCCAUCCUCGGGCCCAGCCCCGUCCUCGGGCUCAGCACCUGCCCCCAGCGGCUCUGUCCCUUACAAGCUUUUCCUCGGCGACGGCAGUCCUGCCCAGGGCUGGCCCGAAGAGUCGCAGUGGCUGUCUUUUGACGCCUUGUGGUCCGUGAACCUCCCCGCGAUCAAGUCAUCUUGUGGCCAGUUCAACCAGCCCUUAAACUCGGAACAGGAGGUGGCCGACCUGAAGUCGGCCAUCCAGUCAGUCGCCCAGUCCGGCGAAGUUGACCCUCGCUUCGUCCUCGCCACUGUCAUGCAGGAGUCGAAUGGCUGUGUCCGCGUCGGGUCUACUGCGAACGGUCUCGCGAACCCAGGCCUGAUGCAGUCGCACGAAGGUCCACAUUCGUGCGCUGGAAAGACCCCGUGCCCCAAGGACGAAAUCGAAGGCAUGAUCAAAGACGGCACCCUUGGCACACCUACUGGUGACGGACUCAAGCAGUUGUUGGCCAAGUCAGGCACCGGCGCAAGCCGGGUCUACAAGGCAUCCCGCAUGUAUAACUCGGGGAGCAUCGCGGCUUCCGGGCUCCUGGAGAAUGGAAACAGCGCCACGCCCUGCUAUGCGACCGACAUUGCUAACCGGCUCGUCGGCUGGUACCAAUCAGUGAGCCCUUGUCCUCUCAAAAGAGCAUCAUAG